UGUAAUUUCCAAGUCUACGCCUUCAAGUUUGAAGGAAAGAAAGAGAGAGGGAGAUAGAGAGAGGAAGUCAGAGAGACAGAGAAAAACUCAUACUCUACCUCUCUUCGUCACUGGUAGUUUUUUUGUGUUUAUUGAUAACUUUUUUCUAGCUGAAAUUCCGAUGUGAAUUUGGGGUUCGAUCAGUCGGAGGAAUUGUGUUUUGUUCUGUCAGAGAUGAUGUUUGGCUUGGGGGUUUUGGGUAGUGGAGGAUCAUCUUCUUCAUCGUCGUCCAAUUUAUCGCCUUUGGCACCUCCCUUUACUGUUGAUCGCUUCAAUCAUUCAAAACCCAAUUCCAACCCGCCCUUGCCUUUAAAUGACUCGUCUUAUAAUCUGCUCUUUAGCCAGUCUUGGCAAUACGCCAACCCCUCUGCUUCUAGCCCAGGCUUCUUACCAAAACCGGAACUGGGUGCUGAUUCUAUGAGGACUACUUCCGUGCCUUUAGCUGAAGAAAACUCGGUUCCACAGUCUGUGAAACCCAGUAGUCCCUAUUGGUCCACUCAAACCCUGGAGGCUAAUCCUCUGAUUGAUGCAUUUUCAUAUGUAUCUGAAGGCAGGCCUUAUUAUCCUCCUUAUACAUCUCCCGUGGUUGGUGAAAAUACCCCCUUGUUGGCCAUAAAUGAACCUCAUCCUGAUUUGUUGCCUACUUCUAGUGUUGUACCGGGGAAUGUAUCAUCUCAAGUUGAUUAUACACAGAGUUUGGCCGGUUUGCAAUACUCUGCACCACAUUCAACUGGUGUUUGGAAUGGACUCACUGAUCAGAUGCAGGGGAAAAAGAUGGAAGUUAGUGGAAAUUUAUCUCUUGAGAAUGCAACUGCUGGUUGUUCAAAUCUUUUAAAAAAUUCUAUGAACCAAGGAGUUCAUUCCCUUCACUGUGGAAACAAAAAUCAAGAUAAUUCUGGCACUUUUUGUGGGAAUUUUACUGAAAGGGAAACACAUGACGGAUUUCUGAAGAUGGGACAUGUGACAGACAAGUCAUAUCUUGUUCAAGAGCUAGGCUUCUACCCUUCUAUGUUUUCAACAUCUUCUGAAUUGCAUUCAGUUGGCCAAUCAAUGGAAUCGUCUAAGGAUUUCAGGAACUAUAAGAAACCUUACAAUCCUUAUGAAAAAUGCAUCCAGCCACCUGAUUCCUACAAAUGUGAUAAUGUACCAGCACCUAAAUCCUCAACUACAGUGGUCAUUAGGCCACCAACUGCAGGCAAUAUUUCCUCAAUAAAAAAAGGCAGUUCUCACAAAACUGGAGAUGGUGGCAAAUUUGCAGCAAUUCAAAUUGAUGGAUUGGGUAGCCAUGAUCCCUUGAAGGGAGGACUUUUCCAGCCAGCAAAUUCAACAGAAAAAGGUGUUUAUUUGAACUCUAAUCAACUUAAUCUGUACAAAGAUGAUGAUCGUAGCAUCUGCAAUGUUUCAUGGUCUCUAAAGGAAAACCUGUCAUGCCAGUCCCCUGCUAAUGAUGCCUUUAAACAAACCAUUGAAUCAAACUCUGGAUCACAGGUUACUUUUACAAAAGUGUUGGAUGAUAUUUCUUUGGCUAGCAAUAGUAUCCAAGCUGUUCGGUACACUGAGAGUUAUUCAGAUGGUUUAGAUCAUCAUAAUCCAAAUGUUGAUUCACCUUGCUGGAAAGGAGCUCCGGCAUCUCGCACUUCUCCUUUUAAAGAUGAAGCUGCACCUCCACCCCAAGGGAAUCAUCAGUUUCCUCUUGAUGUAUCUACAAAUGCCACUUCUCAUUUAUUAUGUGAAAGCAAUGUGCACAAUGAGAAUGAAUGUGCUGUAAAUGUUAUGGCAAUUCCUUCUAAGAGUCCUGCAAUUGAAAAUUACACUACUAAAGAACAUCUGUCAUCUGAUGCUGGAAAAGCUGAACUGGAUCUCCAAACUCUUAGCAGCAGCAAAGGUGUUCAAAUUUCUCUUGACCUAAGUAACUCCGGGAAACUCAGUUUUGGAGAUAGUGUUGAUGCUGUGCUCAACAUCAAUGAUGCCUCAGAAGGUUGCACCGUUGCUCUUCAUGCUGCAGAAAAAGUUCUACACUCACCAAGUUCUCAGGAAGAUUCUGAACAUAAUCAGACGUAUGGAAGGUUAUCAAAUCCAAAAAUGGAUGUUCAAACACUGGUUAUGGCUAUACAUAACCUCUCAGAGUUGCUUCAAUUUCAUUGUUCAACUGAUGCAUGUACACUGAGGGAGCAAGAUCAUCAGGCCUUAAAAUAUGCGAUCAGUAACCUCAGUGCUUGUAUCCCUAAGAGUGGAAUGAUGAAUGCAACCCAUGACAAGGUGUUACCUGUGCAAAACAUGGUGGAUAAAAUUGAGGAAGGUUUCCAUAUGGAUACUGGCUUUGGCAUACCUCAGUUAAAGAAUGAAGCUGCUAGAUGCUUACAUGAUCAGCCUGGUAAUCAGAACAUUCAUGAAGCAAAGAACCACUGUGGUGAGAAAACUGAGAAUUUUAAACUUUUCCCCUCGAGCAAUACUCUAAACAUUUCAGAAGAGGAUAAUGUGGCCCAGGCUAUUGUGAAGGUCCUAAAUGAAAAUUUUCACUUUGAUGGAGAAAUGAAAUCACAAGCUCAUCUCUUUAAGAACCUAUGGCUUGAGGCUGAAGCAAAAUUGUGUUCCGUCAGUUAUAAGGCUCGUUUUGAUCAUAUGAAGAUUGCUAUGGAGUUGCAAAAUUCCACCAGGGUAAAUGAAAAUGUAGCUGCAGCAGAAAAGAGUUCAAGGUUCAAGCAUGUACCAGUUGUACCUGAUGGAAGCUUUGUGCGGAAAACAAGUGUCCAGAGCUCAUCUGUUUCUUGCACCACCCCUGAUAUUCAUGACAUUGAGGGUUCUAUCAUGGCCAGAUAUAAUAUCUUGAAAUGUCGGGAUGGAAAUUCCAACUCAACAUUUGUGGAAGGGGAACAAGAUUCAGAUGUGGUUCCUACUGGUUUUACCAGUAUAAAGAGUGGUAGGCCCCAUAUAGGUGAUAUGGACAUCCAAAAUUCCAUGGGAGCAAAAGGUGUUUCAGAAAACUCAGCUACUGCCAAUAGUAUUUCAAGCUUGCAAUCUUCCCCAGAAGCAAAUAUGUAUUCCCCGCUAGCAUCUACUGUUCCAGAUGCAGGCAUCGAGAAUUGUUCCAUUUCAUGCUAUACUACUACCCGUUGCAAUGAUGAUGCCGAGAGUUCUGUCAUGGCAAGAUUGAAUAUUCUGAAAGGUCGGGAUGGGAACUUCCAUUCAACAUAUGUGGGAGAGGAGCAAUAUCCGGAUUCAGCUGAUGCUAUGCAUUCACACACAAAAAGCGGUCAGUCAAUGUAUGUAAAACUACCCGAAGAAAAGAUUCUGAACGCUACCAUUGUGCCUCUACUGCAUCAAAGCCCGGGUGUGAGUGAAGUUGGUUCCUAUGCUGCAGAUGGAUCUGGAAAAGAAUCCAUGAAAGAGUUUCAGCUCUCAGUUGCAAAUAAUCCAGUCCAACAAACAAAUAGAAACAACAGAGUGAGUAUGGGAUCUUCAACAUUGUAUGAUACUUCUUCAUCGGAUUGGGAGCAUGUACAGAAUGAUGACUUUGCAUGGCAGAGUUGAGCCAUGUUUCCAUGGCAGUCUGGUCUGAAAGUUAGCUAGUAGUUGUAUAUGAACUUGUUUUAUUUGGCACUCUACGUAUCUGUUGUGUAUUUUGUUGAACGAAUCGGAUGAUAUCAAAACACUUUUUUGUGGGUUUGCAGUUUCUGCUCAGCUCUUUUCAAUAUAUCCUGCAAAAUUUUCAGAAA